AUGACUUCUCGUAAAUCGGCUCCCACAGGAUUCCAAAGGCUUGCAUCGUCUGAAGAUUUAAUGAUCAUGGGAGGGAAUGAAGCUUCACCAGGCUCUUUACCAUACCAAGCAGGAUUGAUACGUACCUACAGUGAUGGGGUGAGAUUUUGUGGAGGGUCUCUUAUCACCAGAAGAUACGUGUUAACAGCUGCCAGAUGUUUAUCCAGUGGAUUGCAAUCAUUGGAAGUAAUUCUUGGGGCACAGAAAGUUUUUGAAGAUGAACCUUCUCAACAAGUGAUUCGCACCUCCAGAUUUAAAAUGCAUGAACAGUACAAUAAUCAAUUACAAGAUAAUGAUAUAGGGAUCGUUUAUCUUCCAACACCAGCCAGUCUUAAUCAGUACGUUCAACUGAUUGCGCUACCAAGUAGAGCUGACGCUGCGAAUAAUUUUGUUGGAAGUCAGGCAAUCGCAAGUGGUUGGGGAUACAUCUAUGCUAAUGGUGUCGGUUUAAGUGAAGUACUGCAAUAUGUCGAUGUUUCUAUUGUGCCAAACAACGUGUGUAGGAUACAACUUGGUCCUGCCAUUACAAGCUCAAACAUUUGUUCUGGAGGAACUGACGUUAAAGGAACUUGCUAUGGAGAUUCAGGAGGACCUCUUGUCUCUAAUGGGAAAUUGGUUGGUGUAGCUUCAUUUAUAGGUAACCCUGAUUGUCAAGCUGGAGAUCCAAGCGCCUUUACAAGGGUAACAUCGUAUUUGAGCUGGAUUGCAGCAAAUAGUGAUGCUGUUAUUUCUUAAAUGUUCCUUAAGUAAUCGAAUCGUGCACUGAAGUAAAAAUUGCAAAUAAACGAUUGUUGCUAUUAAA